UACUCACUACUCAUCCAUUCUUUUGUUUUCUUCAAACAUCACAACAAUGUCUCCAUUUUCUCUCUUCCUCUUCACCACAUUGCUAUCUUUUCUCGGCGCCGCCAACGCGCGACUCACCUUGGACUUCUACAAGGACACUUGUCCGCAGUUCAGCCAGAUCAUAAGGGACACCGUCACAAGCAAGCAGAUCGCCAGCCCCACCACCGCCGCCGCCACGCUCCGCCUCUUCCUCCACGACUGCCUCCUCCCCAACGGCUGUGACGCCUCCAUCCUCCUCUCCUCCACGCCCUUCUCCAGGGCCGAGCGCGACGCCGACAUCAACCUCUCCCUCCCCGGCGACGCCUUCGACCUCGUCGUCCGCGCCAAGACCGCCCUUGAGCUCGCCUGCCCCAACACCGUCUCCUGCGCCGACAUUCUCUCCGCCGCCACCCGCGACCUCCUCACCAUGCUCGGCGGCCCCUUCUUCCCCGUCUUCCUCGGCCGCCGCGACGGCCGCACCUCCCUCGCCUCCGCCGUUCCUGACCACCUCCCCACCCCCGCAAUGCCCAUCUCCCAAAUCACACAAAUCUUCACCCACCGCGGCUUCUCAAUCGAAGAAUUCGUGGCUCUCAGUGGGGCCCACACCGUCGGAUUCUCCCACUGCUCCCAAUUCGUCACCAACCUCUCCAACUCCUCCUACAACCCUCGCUACGCUCAGGGGCUUCAAAAGGCUUGUGCAGAUUACAAAACUAACCCUACCCUCUCCGUCUUCAACGACAUCAUGACGCCCAACAAGUUCGACAAUGCUUACUUCCAGAACCUUCCGAAGGGUUUGGGUGUUCUGAAAUCUGACCAUGGUUUGUAUAGUGACCCCACUACGAGACCCUUUGUGGAGACUUUUGCGAAGGAUCAAAAUAGAUUCUUUCAGGUUUUUGCUAGGGCCAUGCAGAAGUUGAGUCUCUUGAAUGUGCAGACUGGGAGGAAGGGAGAGAUCAGGCGCAGGUGUGAUCAGAUUAAUUGAUUUUAUUUAUUUAUUUUUUGUUGUUUGAAUUUGAUAAUGAGAUGAGAUUUUAUAAUUUAUAAUGAGAAUGAUACCUCUGUUGUUGAUGAAUUUGAUGGUUUUGAGGUUGAUUAUUUAUACAUACUACAUAGUGUUUAUGAGGUGGAAAGUGAAUGGGGGCAUUGGGGUAUUUAGAUUUGAGGAGUUAUUGUUGUUCUUCGCCCUCUUGUUCUUUGGAUAAAUGAUGAGUCUGAGUCUGGUUCUCGAAUGUAAUAUUAUAAGAUUUAAUUAAUAAAAUUUCUCAUUUUGAGCUCUCA